GCGCUGGACGCAUAGCACUGAUUCGGCGUUGGAAGGCUGGAAAGAACGAAAGAGGGAGGGAGAAAGAGGAAGGUUUUUUUGUUUUUCUCCAUGAUUUUAUUUAUUUUUUAUUGAACUGAGUUAGGUAGCUGCAAUAAAAAAAGUUUGGAAGUGCGACAGUCUACGGAAAACGUUCCUAAGAUUUUACUCACAAUGCAUCGGUUUAUUCGUGUUUUAACUACAUUGACUUGUUUGGUUGCGUGCAGCAAUGGUGCAAUGGAUGAAUGUACAGACGAUUCGAACCGUCCUCAGCGCUGUAUGCCUGAGUUUGUCAACGCUGCCUUCAACGUUACCGUCGUGGCGACCAACACUUGUGGCUCUCCACCAGAAGAGUACUGCGUACAAACCGGGGUAACGGGAGUCACCAAGUCCUGCCACAUCUGCGAUGCAAGGGACCCCAGGCAACACCACAGCGCGGUCUACCUCACUGAUUACAACAACCAAGCGGAUACCACUUGGUGGCAAAGCCAAACAAUGUUAGCGGGCAUCCAGUAUCCCAACUCGAUCAACUUGACCCUUCAUCUUGGAAAGUCCUUUGACAUCACCUACGUGCGCCUGAAGUUCCACACCAGCCGGCCAGAAAGCUUUGCCAUCUACAAGCGCACGCGCGAGGACGGGCCCUGGCAGCCCUACCAGUACUACAGCGGCUCCUGCGACAAGACCUACCAGAAGCAGAACCGCGGGUUCAUCCGCACCGGAGAGGACGAGCAGCAGGCGCUCUGCACCGACGAGUUCAGCGACAUCUCCCCCCUCACUGGAGGCAACGUGGCCUUCUCCACCCUGGAGGGCCGGCCCAGCGCCUACAACUUCGACAGCAGCCCUGUACUGCAGGAAUGGGUGACGGCCACAGACAUUAGGGUGACUCUGAACAGGCUCAACACUUUCGGAGAUGAGGUUUUCAAUGACCCCAAGGUCCUAAAAUCCUACUACUACGCCAUCUCGGACUUUGCUGUGGGGGGAAGGUGCAAGUGCAACGGCCACGCCAGCGACUGCGUGAAGAACAGCCAGAGCCGGCUGGUCUGCCGCUGCAAGCACAACACGGAGGGGGACGACUGCGGCGUGUGCAAGCCCUUCUACAACGACCGCCCGUGGAGGAGGGCCACCGCCUUGAACGCCAACGAGUGCCUGCCCUGUAGCUGCAAUGGCAAGACCUCGGAGUGCUACUUCGACUCGGAGCUCUACCGGGCCACCGGCCACGGGGGCCACUGCCGCAACUGCGCCGACAACACCGACGGGCCCAACUGUGAGCGCUGCCUGGACAACUACUACCGCGACAACACCAACCGCUGCCAGCCCUGCAGCUGCAGCCCUGUGGGCUCUGUCAGUACUCAGUGUGAUAGCAGCGGCCGGUGCAGCUGCAAGCCGGGGGUGGUGGGAGACAAGUGCGAUCGCUGCCAGCCCGGAUACCACAGCCUCUCUGAAGCCGGCUGCAGGCCGUGUUCUUGCAGUCCCUCUGGCAGCACGCAGGAGUGUGAUGUGCAGUCAGGGCGCUGCCAGUGCAAGGACCACGUGGAGGGCUUCAGCUGCGACAGGUGUAAGCUGGGCUACUUCAACUUGGACCCCCUGAAUCCUCAGGGCUGCACCCCCUGCUUCUGUUUCCAGCACUCGUCCGUGUGCGACGUCGCCGACGGCUACAGCAUCCACACUGUCACCUCUGCCUUCAGCCGGGAUGAGGAGGAGUGGAAGGGUCAGCAGAGGGACGGCUCCAGCGUUCCGGUGCAGUGGUCCUCCGCCAGGAAGGAGAUUUCCCUGAUCUCAGACGACUACUUCCCCAUGUACUUCCUGGCUCCAGAUAAGUUUCUGGGGAACCAGCUCCUGAGUUACGGGCAGAACCUGACGCUGAAUUUCCGCGUGGACCGUCGCGACACGCGGCUCUCGGCGGAGGACGUGAUCCUGGAGGGCUCUGGCCUUCGCGUGGCAGUGCCGCUCAUCGCCCAGGGCAACGCCUACCCCAGUGAGAACAUGCAGACAUACGUGUUCAGGCUGCAUGAUACUACAGACUACCCCUGGAGGCCCAGUCUGUCCCACUCUGAGUUCCAGAAGCUUCUCCACAACCUGACCUCAAUCAAGAUCCGUGGCACCUACAGCGAAAGGAGCGCUGGUUACCUGGACAACGUAUCCCUCAUGAGCGCUCGUCGUGGUCCUGGCACGCCCGCACGCUGGGUGGAGAGGUGCACCUGCCCUCAAGGUUACGUGGGGCAGUUCUGCGAGCAGUGUGCUCUGGGAUACAGGAGGAACCGGCCUGACCUCGGCCCCUUCAGCGCCUGCGAAUCCUGCAACUGCAACGGGCACAGUGACACCUGCGACCCCGAGUCAGGGAUGUGCGACUGUAAGCACAAUACCGCCGGGAUCAGCUGUGAGAAGUGCAAGGAUGGCUACUAUGGUGACGCCACGGCAGGAACCUCCUCGGACUGCAAACCCUGCCCCUGUCCCGACGGCUCCACCUGCGCUGUGGUUCCCAAGACCAGAGAGGUGGUCUGCACCAACUGCCCCACGGGCACCACAGGGAAGCGCUGUGAGCUGUGUGAUGACGGCUUUUUCGGGGACCCCCUGGGCGAGAGCGGCCCCGUCAGGACCUGCCGCGCCUGCAAGUGCAGCGACAACAUCGACCACAACGCCGUGGGCAACUGCGACAGAGAGACGGGCGAGUGCCUGAAGUGCAUCCACAACACCGUGGGCUUCUUCUGCGACCGCUGCAAGGAGGGCUUCUACGGCAACGCACUGGCCGCCAACGUCAGCGACAAGUGCAAACCGUGCUCCUGCUCUCCGUUCGGCACAGUGAACAGGCAGACCAGCUGCCUGCAGGUGACCGGGCAGUGCCAGUGUCUGCCCCACGUCACCAACCGCGACUGCAGCGCCUGCCUGCCCGGCUUCUACAACCUGCAGAGCGGGCGCGGCUGUGAGCGAUGCAACUGCAACGCCAUUGGCUCCGCCAACGGACAGUGCGACAUCCGAAGCGGCCAGUGCGAAUGCCAGCCGGGAGUCACGGGCCAGCACUGCGAACGCUGCGAGGUCAACUUCUUUGGCUUCGGAUCCUCCGGCUGCAAACCAUGUGACUGCGACCCUGAGGGCUCCCAGACGGCCCAGUGUAAGGAGGACGGGCAUUGUGAGUGUCGGCCCGGCUUCAUUGGGUCCCGCUGCGACAUGUGUGAGGAGAACUACUUCUACAACCGCUCCCGCCCUGGCUGCCAGCAGUGCCCCUCCUGUUACUCUCUCGUUAGGGAUAAGGUGAACCAGCAGAGGCAGAAGCUGCAUGACCUCCAGAACUUGAUUGACAAUCUGGGCUCCAGCCAGGAGACAGUGAGUGACAAGGCCUUUGAGGCCCGACUGAAGGAGGCGGAGAAAGCCAUCAUGGACCUGUUGCGGGAGGCCCAAACAAGCAAAGAGAUGGACAAAGGUCUGCUGGACCGAUUGAAUGGCAUCAACAACACCCUCACCACUCAGUGGAACCGCCUGCAGAACAUCCGCAACACGGUGGAUAAAACCAACGAGCUGGCCGACAAGUCCCGCAACCGCGUGCGCGAUGCCGAGGACCUCAUCGACCGCGCUCGGGACGAGCUGCAGAAGGCCAAGGACGCCAUCGGCAAAGUGGACAUUAAACCACCCACAAGCACCGGGGAUCCCAACAACAUGACACUUUUGGCAGAAGAGGCGAGAAAAUUAGCCGACAAGCAUAAGAUGGAUGCAGAUCAAAUUGAGAAGAUUGCUAAGGAUGCCAACGACACCUCUACCAAGGCUCUCAACCUCCUGAAGACCACUCUGGAUGGAGAGACCAAGACCAACAGUGACAUCGAUGAUCUCACCAAGAAGUUCAAUGACGCGAAGGACCUGGCAACGAACCUGGGGAAGCAAGCCAACAAGGUCCACACAGAAGCAGAGGAGGCAGGGAAUAAGGCCCUGCAGAUCUACGCCAACCUCACCGGCCUGCCUCCCGUCGACACUAAAACCCUGGAGGAUGAGGCCAAUAAGAUAAAGAAGGAGGCGUCGGAGCUGGAUAACCUGAUCGAUAAGACGGAGAAGGAGUACAUGGACCUGCGUGAUGAUCUGAAGGGCAAGGAGGCUGAGGUCCGGAAACUUCUGGAGAAGGGGAAGACUGAACAGCAGACUGCGGAUCAGUUGCUCGCCCGAGCGGACGCUGCAAAAGCCAUUGCUGAUGAGGCCGCUGAGAAAGGGAGGUCCACCUAUCAGAACGCGCAGGACAUUCUGGGGAAGCUGAGAGAUUUCCACAACCGAGUGGACGACAACAAAACCGCGGCCGAGGAAGCCAUGAAGAAGAUCCCAGAGAUCAACGCCACCAUCAUAGCUGCCAACGACAAGACGAAGCUGGCCGAGGCGGCACUGGGCAACGCCGCGUCCGACGCGCGGGAGGCCAAGAAGAAGGCCGAGGACGCCGAGAAGAUCGCCGGCGACGUGCAGACGAGUGCCGCCAACACAAAGAAGGACGCAGAGAAGGCAUUUGAGGACACGAUGAAACUGGAUGGGGAGGUUAACGGGAUGAUGGAUCAGUUGACUGCAGCGGAGAAAGAACUGGCCAAGAAGAAGCAGGAGGCUGAUAAUGAUAUGAUGAUGGCAAACAUGGCAUCAGACGCAGCUAAAGAAGCGGAGGGAAAUGCCCGCAAAGCCAAGCAUGCUGUCAAGGAUGUUUUGAAGGCCAUCAAUGACCUGCUCAACCAACUUGGUAACAUUGACAAAGUCGACCUGAGUAAGUUGGACCAGAUCGACGGGUCGCUGAAUCGGGCCAAAGAACAGAUGAGGAACAGCGAUCUGGACAGCAAGCUGAACAAGCUCAACCAGGUGGCAGACAGUCAGGCGGACAUGAUCAAACUCUACGAAGAGCAGAUCCACCAGAUCAAGGCCGACAUUGGCAACCUGAACGACAUCAAGAAGACGCUACCGCCCGGCUGCUACAACACCGCCUCUCUGGAGCGGCCUUAACCCCCUCCCUCAUCUCCUCGUCCCUCCCCUAAACCUCUCCUCCUUCUCUCCCUCCAUCUCUACACUCCUCCUUACCCUACAUCUAACACUCUGGCAGAAUGCCACUUUUUACCAAAACGGUCGUUUUUUGUUUUUUGUUUUUUUUUGUUUUUUGUUUUUAUCGUUUUCGUUUUGUAAGAGAAAAAGCCACCAACGUUAGGGUGAAUGGGACAGCGGGGACACAAAAGGAAAGGACUGCAGGAUGAAGGGAAAGUAGCAAGGUAUUUACCCCACAGGACUGCACCACAACCUGCACCUGCACCUUUACCAAUCCACACAGGCCCCUUCCCCACCCCUCCUGUCCGGAGGAAAAUAAGCUACACCAGCACGUUGGCCAGACACACAAGUCACCCUUGGGCUUUGCUUCAUCAUAUCGGUAUUAUCCCAUUAUGGUUGGUACACCAACAAUUCAGAAACCAAGCAGUGAAGGACUCCUGUUUUUUUUAUUUUUUAUUAUUAUUAUUAUUAAUAAUAUUAAUAUCUAAUCACUCCGUAGGGUCGUGCCCUGCAUCACUUCGGCUAUGCCCACCCCAGCACAGUAUUCAAUGCAAUGAGUUCUAUACCGUAUGUACACACACAGGAACUUGUCAGUGAUUAUCCUGUAUAUAUAUAUAUAUACACACACACACGCACGAACGUGUCUGUGUCUGUACCGUACGUAUAGACGAAUGAGCCUGUCAGUCUACGGACCGUGUCUGUCUACACACACCUCGAAAGCGUUUGAGAGCCAAGGUAAAGUCUUAUCGGAGAGAAGGGGCAGGCGUUACGACGGGGUGACAUUAGCCAUGAAACAUCUUAAAACUGGGUUUUUUUUAAUCCUACAGAAUCUUUUUUUUUUCUUUCGUUUGUUUGUUUUUCCUGACGCUGCUGUUUUAAUCCAGGUGUAUUGCAAGUCACACAUUAACAUUUUAUUUUUUGAAAGCGCAGAACUCGACACACAUACACACACUAUGCAACUUUGUACAUUUUGCGUAGACUAUACCUGAUACACUGGUGCUAAUUAUUAUUUCAAAUGUUAUAUUUUUGUGUGAAUGUUUUUUUAUGAUAUAGAGUGAGGUAAUGUUAUUGUCAUGUAAAUGUAAAUAUGCUUAAAUGAUUCAGGACUGACUGAAAUCAUAAAGAAAUAUGAUUAGGAAAAUAAAAAAUCCCACCAGCCUCCUCUAAUAGGUCCUGUCACAAAAAAAGCAACAGAAACCUCCACAUAAUAUAUAAAUAUAUAGAAUAUUUCUGUGGUAUUACCUGCUUGCUUGUAUACAUGGCUCUGUGUUGCUACAUAGCUCUGCCGUAUGUUUUAUUUUUCCGUGAGGGGUUACAAAUUAACUGCAAAUGUACUUUUCCGAUAAGAUCCUCUCCCCUGCCAUUUCAGAGGAGACCGGAGUGAAAGUACUUCCACGUUUGAAGCCACUUGUGAUAAGCCAGGCAUUUCAUUUUACCGCGUAUAAAAUGAACAUCCGUACAAGCAGCCAUUUAACAAUUUAACAGUAUUCUGUGCCUUUAUACUUGGACAUAAUCUCUCCACAUAAUUCGUAUAAUAUUAAUAUACUGUUCCUGUCAAGGACACCUAAUCUAUAUUUCACCUGCAGUGCCUUCAUCGUUAGUAAUUUAACAAAUGCACACACACACACACGCACACGCACACAUACACACACGCGCACAAGCACUCGUGUGUACACACACACACACGCACACACACACAAUAAAUAAGCAUUGUUGGGCCUCUAUACUGUACCCUUAUACAAAUGUUACAUUUGGAAGGAACACCAUACUAUACGACUACGUGCAUGUGUAGGUCUCUACCCACAAUGCUCUUGGGCAGUUAAAGGGCAUAGCGUCCAUAGGAUUCGUCCAUGGCCUUUGUCGCGUUUCUCGUGUUUCGCUGAUCCCACUCCUGCUGAAAACACUAGGUCCCUGUGCGAUUGGGAGAACAUGCCAUGUAGCAGAAGUGGUGCAGGGGGAACCUGGAUGAGCAGGGGGGCCAGCUCAGACAACCCCCUCCUCCCCUUAAUACCGGCUGUGCAACACAUACACUCCUAUGUAUAAAACAGUAUUUCUUAUUUAUAAAGUCUCAAGUAUGUGUAAUCCUCCUAGAUACAUGUGUGUUGCACAGACUUGUGAACAUAUGGCUAUAGAGGGCACUGCUACAUUGUUUUUUUUGUUUGUUUUUUUUGUUUUUGUUUUUGUUUUAAUCCCAACACGCGUUUUACCAGAUCACAGUGUCAUUAUAAAGGCCUGAUAAACUCUUGUUUAUUACAUAUUGCCUGUAAAUCAAAUUGUACCAUUAAAAUAUUAAAUGUUA